AUGGCUGGCGCCACUAUCGCUGCCGCAUGGACACCUCCUCACGACGCCAAGCACGCAAUCUCGCCGCCUGAGCCACAUGGGAAGCAUCACGGUCCGGAUGGCGCCAGCAGCACCACGGGCCAUCAUCACCGAGCUGAAUCUGAUUCGCUUUUGAGAAUGAGAAUUCUCAAAAGCGACCACGCAGCUGUGAGGCAUGGCUGUGAUGGAGCGCGCCGGCAUUCCGUGGCGAGCAUGGCGCCGCGCAGCCCGUGGGAGAAGCACCUGCUGCGAGAGCACCUGCUGCGAGAGCACCUGCUGCGAGAGCACCAUGCGGUGGAGGUCGUUCAAGAGCACAACAGGGAGGUGGUUGAGGGGCAGAGCAUGGCGGCUGGAGGAGAGACUGUGGAGUGGACGCAGCAAGCCCGUGGGAAGGCGGUGCAGGAGGGUCACGUGAAGCAUGUGGAGGAGCACGAGGCAUUUGCGAGGAAGCGGAAGCGCUAUGGUGCUGCUGAUGGUGCUGCUGAUGGUGAUGGCCGUCGCACCAUGGGUGGAGAGACAGGACGCUCUAGUGGCAGUGGCAAGUCAAGGCGCUCAGCGGCCGGCAGUCCGUCAGAGAUCGCUGCUACACCCAGUCACCCUGCGGCUAGCUGCCCGGAGGGACGCACAGCCCUGCCGGAGCUUCACUGCCGCAGCAGCCGUGGCACCGCCAGUGCAGGCAGUAUCUCUCCCCGGCGCAGCUGGGUGAUAUACUUCCACGCCAAGCUCUCAGAAGGCCUUCCCCUGCCCCUGCCGCUGCUUCACUCGCACAGUCUGGCCCUGCCCAUGCCCCAGCCGUUUGAGUCGCCUGAGUCAGGUAAUCGUGGUGGCGCGAGUGGGGAAGUGGGUGCGAGGCAGAUGGUGGAGGCAUGUGUUGCAGCAGGUGAGGGUGUUGCAGCAGGUGAGGGUGUUGCAGCAGGUGAGGGUGUUGCAGCAGGUGAGGGUGUUGCAGCAGGUGAGGGUGUUGCAGCAGGGAGCCGCUGCUUCACUCCCCAGUCGUCGAGCCCAUCGGUUGCUGUGUCACCACGCUCGAGCCGGGCAGGUGAGCAUCAGCAACACAUGGGCUGA